AUGUUGAGGCUAACGAAUACUGACGUAACAUGGGGAGUACAGUCACUGAACUUCGAUCUUGUCAAAACUGGCAGUCUGAACUGGCGAAUCUACACUGCUACAACUUCAAACCUCACCAUCUCCGCAUGCAACACAGAUUCGGGCACAGCUUCUGGAUCGCUCUAUUUCGAUAAGACCAAUCCUUACAUCGGAAUUGGUACUUUUAGUCCGUCUAAGACCCUACACGUAAAUGGAACGAUAUUAGGAACCGCAGGAACAUUUGGAUCAAACGCUUCUACUAGAGACUCUCAACUAAAUGUCUUGGAUGGAACAUCAGGAACAACUCAAGUGUCAAUGCGAUUUGGUAAUGCUCUACCCGUAAAUAAUUGUAUGACCAUGACUUGGAAUCCUACUGGAGCUGGAUCUGCUAAUAACUAUGUUACAUUUAACCCUUAUGAUAUUUCAAAUACUUUGACGAUUGGGUGUGAUGGUAGAGUUGCAGUUGGCAGUCUCCAGCUACUGCAGGACUCUACUGUGCCUCUACAGUAUCUCACACUAUUGAUGCGGGAGGAUCUGGAGUAG